CACACUGCUAGAGGCGCCGCCAAAGCUAAGGAAAAAAAAAAAAAGUUGGUGUUUUUUGGUGUAGCGUCGUGUGUUUGGUGUAAUUGUUGAAAAGAAGCUUCUGGCGCGCACUGCGACGUACAUAAAAACGCACAAACAUUUUUGUCGGUGGAGAGGCGAAUAGUAGUAGCGAGAAGCAAGCGUCGUUUUUUUUUUUGGAACCCAGGCAGAGCAGAGGAUCAGGAACAGUGCCAGCCAUGUCGCAGUCGAACAAGAUGCAGGAGCAGACCCGCCAGUACGCGAAUGAGAAUGAUAACGAGAACGAGGAGUUGUCUUCGGACAUGGAGGAGCCAGCCGAUGCUGGGGAGCGCGAGACCCAGCAGGAGGGUCGCCAGGAUGAGAAUUCCAACGAUGACAGCAGCCCUGGCAACGAGCCCCAGCAGGAGCAGAAGACGGACAAGCAGCAGCCCCAGGAAUCGUCCGGGGACGAGCAAAGUAACCAUGGCAACGGGGAGGCAGCAGGCACUGCCGAUAAAAAGCAGCAGCAACAGGGUGGCAAAAAUGCCGCCGCACCGCCGCAGGAACAGGAGGAGCGCGUCAGCUCGACCAAUCUGAUAGUCAACUACUUGCCACAGGACAUGACCGACCGAGAGCUGUACGACCUCUUUUCCAACUUCGGGGGCAUCAACACCUGCAAAAUUAUGCGCGACUUCAAGACCGGUUAUAGCUUCGGUUACGGCUUCGUCGACUACAGAACUGAGGCAGACACCGAGGUGGCCAUCGAUAAGCUGAACGGGUUUUAUGUGCGCAACAAGCGAUUGAAGGUCUCGUAUGCCCGCCCCGGCGGCCAGUCCAUCAAGGACACCAACCUGUAUGUCAUCAAUCUACCACGCAAUAUCGACGAUGAUAUGCUCACCAGAACCUUCUCGCCCUUUGGCCAAAUAGUCCAGCGCAACAUUUUGCGUGACAAGCUCACCGGUCGUCCGCGCGGCGUUGCCUUUGUACGCUUCAGCAAACGUGAGGAAGCACAGGAUGCACUGAACUCGCUUAAUAAUACGGUGCCACUGGGUUGCACACAGCCAAUAUGGGUGCGCCUGGCGGAGGAGCAUGGCAAGGCAAAGGCCGCUCAGUUUAUGUCGCAGGUUGGCGGGCCGAUGGGUGGUGGUGGUGGUGGCGGCGGUGGCGGUGGGGGAAUGGUUGGCCCACUGCACAUUGGACAUCAGCCGCACCACCACCAUCACAGCCACAACAACAACCACAGCAACCAGCACCAUCCACACAUGCCACAGCCGCACCAGCAACAGCUGCAGCAACACCAUCAUCCACCGCAUCACCACCAGCACCAUCAGCAACAACACCAUCCCCACCAGCCGCAUAACCACAACCACAGCCAUGGUCACCACAACCACCACCAUAACAUGGCCCACCAUCCGGCGGCGCACCAUAUGCAGCUGCAUGGAGGAGUCCGCGGCGUCAGCAUGGGGAUGGGGGGCAUGGGCGUUGGUAUGGGAGUGGGUGUGCAGAUGCAUGCCGGUGGUGGAGGUGGAGGUGGGGGCGGCGGUGGUUUUGGAGGAGCGGGUGGUAUCGGUGUCGGUGGUGGCGGCGGUGGCGGCUAUCAGCAUAUGGCGCAUAGAGCUGCAUCUCACAGGUGAAGUGGUCAUGCUGCCAUUGCCACAUUGCAGCCACUCCAGCCGGCAGCCGUGCAAUGGCAGCAGCAUCCGCCGCAUCCACAUCCGAAUUUGAAUCUGAAUCCGUAUCCGAAUCCUCA